GCAAAACAAGCAGGUGACGAUGAAGCACAGGUGAUUGAUGAGAGUUUUUGCACGGCACUGGAAUAUGGUUUACCGCCAACAGCUGGCUGGGGUAUGGGUAUCGAUCGACUGGCAAUGAUAUUAACAGACAGCAAUAAUAUCAAG